AUGUACCGAGACUGUCAACCAGUGUCCAGAAGUAAGAGCAAGAGUUCUUCUGCCGGGCUGUUGUUUGAAAAUCCGGGAGCUGGUUUAGUUUUGGAUGCGACUCCCUCCAGCGAGGACAAACACGCAAUUCCCAUUGUCGGCGGUGCUCUGACCCACCACAACUUUACUCCCUUGAACAACUGCUCCCCGCUCUAUCCAGCGGUCUCUUUCCUGCAGUCUCAACACUGCGAUAUUGAAAUACGAUCGUUCGACCAUUUCAUUCAUCGUGCGGCGCCUUGUUAUGCGGGUGCUGUGGAAGAUGAUUUCUGGACGAACACGGUGCCACGACUUGCACUGUACGACCCUGUUGUCUGGGACAUAGCAGUGGCUAGUAGCUACAUGUUCGAGUAUGUGCCUCAUGAUCCACUGGUAGCGUCUUUCACCACCACUUCGGUGUCGCUCCCUAAGGCCAAACCUCAUCAGCAGGCGCUGAAAUGGUACAAUCGGGCUUUAUCCAAUAUCCGUCAACGAAUGGAUUGUGAGGAGAUGGAUUACACAUAUGCCUUGCUCACCUGCAUACUAUGCACGUGCAUAGAAUUUCAACAGAGGAAUAUUGGAGUUGCUAUUCACCUUGUUCACAGUGGCUACCGGCUCCUAAACCAAUCGUUACUCACCGACGUCAGCAACAUUAAAUCGGCCCAGGUGCGAGCACUCAACAAUGUCGUCACAUCGUUCUUCUCUCGGCAUGCUCUCGUGACUGCGAAUUUCGUCGUCCAUCCGUUGUCAGAAUGGUCAGGUCCCACGAAGAAUACCGAGGGGACACUCCUCAAAACUGAUAACCCCUUGAUGGAGAAAGCCCACAGUGCCAGCUUAAAGCUUUACCGGCUCAUGUACCAAGCCUACGAGAUUCUUCGGGUUAUUGUUUUGAUGUGGAACAUGCCCGAUGUCAUCAAGUCACAGAGCGCAGGGCAACGGGUGACGCUCGAUGAGUUGAAGAGAUGGCGUAUAUCCUACACGGAACGUGUGAUGAACGCAGAAGAUGCCAUGAUGAGCAAUGACCUGCAAUUACUGACAUCGCAUUUGCUGAUGAGCUGGGACAUCUGUUACACCUGGUUUGCGACUUGCAUCUACCCCACGGAGAUGGCUUAUGAUCAAUAUAUGGACCACUUUGCCGAAGUGGUGCUGCACGCGGACCGUGUUCUCAGGCUCAGGGGGUUUAAAAUUGGUCGCGACGAACCACUACAUCGCCACACCAAAGUCGGCUUGAAUAUCGUGCCCCCUUUGUUCUUUACCGCUUUGAAAUGUCGUGAUCCGAUACUCCGGAGAAGAGCACUUGCACUGCUGGAGCGAGCGCCACCGGCAGAGCCGUGGAAUGGAGUCUUGACGCCGCGAGUUGCUCAAAAUGCCAUUGCGCUGGAAGAGAAUCGACCAUACGAGAAAGUCGACCUGACGGAUCCGGGAGCCCUGGCAGAACUGCGCGCGCGACCACUGCCUCCCGACGGCCAGCGACUACGAGACAUUGCUUUGGUGGGCCAGGAGCAGUCCAAUGCUGGCACCACGCUAAUACUGGAACUCGGGAGGAUAGUGGUUGAUGCCGAUGGAACCAAACGCUCAGCUCACGAAACAAUCCGUGUUGAGCAUCCGGAAGCUCUUACGAUUGGUGCUUUUAAUCAUGACGGAAGGGCAGAGAUACCCAUAUAG